UAUUAUUUAUUAUAAUAACAGUUGUUAUACUUGGAAGGGUCAGGUGAAUUUAAAAUAUUUAAAAUGUCAGAAGAAACCGAGUCGCAACUUGACAAUGUACAAGAUAAUGAAGAUGACCUCAUUACCACUGAAGAAAAAUCGGUUUCCUACCCCUUGAAAGUUAUCUAUUGCCCAGAAUGUUCGCUGCCACUUGAAUACUGUGAGUUUAUGCCUGAAGCUGUUCUUGCCAAAUGUCGGGAAUGGAGAGAGAAGAAUUUGGAUGUUUUGGAGCAAGAAGGAGUUGAAAUGUCUUCACUGACCUUGGAUGAACCCAGUGGUGAUAAAAAGCGACAAAAACGGGGUGGGCGUGGUAACUUGAAAGCAAAACAAAAGAAAGAGCCAGAAGUUGUGAGAAUUGCAAAGAUUCCAAGAGGAAAGAGAAAAUUCAUGACCAGAGUGCAAGGAUUGGCCACGUUUGAUGUUAACCUAAAAAAGGCAUCAAAACUUUUUGCGCAAAAGUUUUCUUGUGGUUCGUCUGUUUCAGCAGCCGAUGAAAUUUUGAUCCAAGGUGAUGUCACUGAUGACCUCAUCAUUUUAAUCGUCGAUACUUGGAAUGAGAUUGAUGAAGAUCAUAUUGAAGACUUGGGCGAAGUGAAAAGAUGACAACUUGUUCUGAUUUGCUGUUUUUUUUUAUUUGCGUAAAGAAAUAUAAAGCACCAUUGUUUGAAGUUGCAAUGCUAGACAUGCUUGCUGUGUAAGCCAAAUAAAAGAAGGCUAUUUAUUCUGAUCUAAGAAAAAAA